GUAUUUCUUACGUGAAUUUAACAAAAUUAAUCCAAGAUUAUAUAAUUUUCUACCCCUUAGUUGCGGUUUACAAACCAAUACUUUGAUUAAUCGAAAAUUUUCCUCUUCAAGAAUGGUUUCUCAGACUGGAUGGACGAGAUUAAUUCGAUUCAUAGGUGAAGAUAAUAAAUCAUAUUCGGGUCAACCUAUUGUUGAUUCGAAUGGAUUUUUACCGCCCAUUUCGGAAUUAAAAGCCAAUAUAAUUCAAGGUGAUGUUCUUACGGAAGAAAAAAUAAAUAUUACGGAUAAGACGAUCAAAGUCAAAAAAUUGUUGACACCAUUAGAACCAUCAAAAAUUCCAAUAAUUCGAUGUAUUGGACUGAAUUAUCGAGAACAUGCAAUAGAAACAUCAAAACCAAUACCAAAAUAUCCAAUAUUAUUUAUAAAACCAUCAUCUAGUUUACAAAAUCCUUUUGAUAAAAUUAGAAUACCUACUUUAGUUUCUAAUAAUCAAGUUGAUUAUGAAGCUGAAUUAGCUGUGAUAAUUGGUAAAGAUUGUAAAGAUGUUAGUAAAGAAGAUGCUUUACAAUAUGUUUUGGGAUAUACUGCGUCAAAUGAUGUUUCCGCUAGGAAAUGGCAAGAUAGUAGACUUGGAUCUGGUCAAUGGUGUUUUUCGAAGGGAUUUGAUACCUUUUGUCCAAUCGGACCACAAUUAGUCUCACCGUCGAUUAUAAAAGAUCCAAAUUCAUUAAGAAUAAGAACAAGACUUAACGAUAAUAAUCAAUUAUUACAAGAUUCAAAUACAUCUGAUAUGAUUUUUAAUGUAGCUGAAUUAAUUAGUUUUUUAAGUCAAGGCACUACAUUACAAGCUGGUUCUUUAAUUUUAACAGGAACUCCUCAAGGUGUUGGAUAUACUAGGAAACCUCCAAUUUAUCUUCAACACAAUGAUAAAAUUGAAAUUGAAAUUGAGCAAAUUGGUACUUUAACUAAUUUGGUUGAAUAUGAAAAUCACAAUUCUAAAUUAUAGAUUUAAUUUCUUUUUUGGAGAUUUCAUAUAUGUAAUAUACAAUAAAUUUACAUUUUAAA